CCGCAGCCGCCGCUGCAGCCGCCGCUGCCGUCUCCGCCGCCGCUGCCGCUUCCCGCGGCCUGGGCCUCCCGCCGCCAGUAUGCCACACGCCUUCAAGCCCGGAGACCUGGUGUUCGCCAAGAUGAAGGGCUACCCUCACUGGCCGGCCCGGAUUGAUGACAUUGCUGAUGGUGCUGUGAAGCCCCCACCCAACAAAUACCCCAUCUUCUUCUUUGGUACACACGAAACAGCUUUUCUGGGACCCAAGGACUUGUUCCCCUACGACAAAUGUAAAGAUAAGUACGGGAAACCCAACAAGAGGAAAGGCUUCAAUGAGGGGCUGUGGGAGAUUCAGAACAACCCCCACGCCAGCUACAGUGCUCCUCCGCCGGUGAGUUCCUCCGACAGUGAGGCCCCUGAAGCUGACCCAGCAGGUGGGAGCGACGCAGACGAGGACGAGGACGACCAGGGAGUCAUGGCCGUCACAGCCGUUACUGCCACAGCUGCCAGUGACAGGAUGGAAAGUGACUCGGAUUCUGAUAAGAGUAGUGACAACAGUGGCCUGAAACGGAAGACAUCAGCAUUGAAGAUGUCAAUGUCAGUCUCAAAACGAGCUCGAAAAGCCUCCAGCGAUCUGGAUGAGGCCAGUGUGUCUCCAUCUGCAGAGGACUCGGAGAGCUCAUCAGAGUCAGCAAAGACCAGUGACCAGGACUUCACCCCCGAGAAGAAAGCCGUGGUCCGAGCGCCACGACGGGGCCCUCUGGGAGGACGGAAGAAAAAGAAGGUGCCAUCAGCCUCUGACUCGGAAUCCAAAGCAGAUUCAGAUGGGGCUAAGGAGGAGCCAGUAGCCUUGGAGAGGUCAGCGUCUUCCUCCUCCUCUUCCCCCUCCUCCUCCGACUCGGAUGUGUCUGUCAAGAAGCCUCCACGUGGCAGAAAGCCAGUUGAGAAGCCUCCCCCAAAGCCCCGAGGGCGGAAACCAAAGCCUGAGCGGCCACCAUCCUCCUCCAGCAGUGACAGCGACAGUGACGAAGUGGACCGCAUCAGUGAAUGGAAGCGUCGGGAUGAGGAGCGGCGGCGGGAGCUGGAGGCGCGGCGGAGGCGUGAGCAGGAAGAGGAGCUGAGGCGGCUACGGGAGCAGGAGAAGGAGGAGAAGGAGCGGCGGCGUGCGGAGCGCGGGGACACUGAGUGUGGGGGCAGUGGCGGCAGCAGUGGAGAGGAGCUCAGGACGGAGGACGAGCCCCUCAGGAAGCGCGGCCGCCGGGCCCGGGGCCGUGGACCCCCAUCCUCCUCUGACUCAGAGCCAGAGGCCGACCCAGAGAGAGAGGCAAAGAAAGCGACCAAGAAGUUGCAACCGCAAAGCACAGACCCCCCGAGGAAACCCAGCCAGAAGGAGAAGAGAGGGCGGCCUGAGGAGAAGCCCAGAGCCAGGCCCAUGAAGGUAGAACGAACCCGAAAGCGGUCCGAAGGGUUCCAGUUAGACCGGAAGGUGGAGAAGAAGAAAGAACCUUCUGUGGAGGAGAAACUCCAGAAACUGCACAGUGAGAUCAAGUUUGCCCUCAAGGUUGACAACCCGGAUGUGAAGAGGUGUCUUAAUGCACUGGAAGAACUAGGGACCCUUCAGGUGACCUCUCAGAUUCUACAGAAGAACACAGAUGUGGUGGCCACACUGAAGAAGAUUCGCCGAUAUAAGGCCAACAAGGAUGUGAUGGAGAAGGCGGCAGAAGUCUACACUCGGCUCAAGUCACGGGUCCUGGGACCAAAGAUUGAGGCGAUCCARAAAGCGAACAAAACUGGAACAGAGAAGGAGAAGGCCGAGGCAGAGAAGGCUGAGGAGAAGCUGGCUGGGGAAGAGGCCCCCAAGGAGAAGGUGGAGGAGGAGCCCAGCACCGGUCUCUCAGCGCCUGUGAAUGGUGAGGCCAUGUCCCAGAAGGGGGAGAAUGUGGAGGACAAGGAGCAGGAGGACGGGCAGGACUCUGAGGAGGGCCUGAGACGUGGCUCCUCUGAAGAUCUGCACAACAACCUACGGGAGGGCCCCGAUCUGGACAGGCCUGGGAUCGAGGAGCAGGAGCACGAGAGGGCGCAGCUGGACUCGGAGUCCCUGGACGAGGAGAGCUGAGCCCAGCAGYCCUGGCCUUGGCCCAGCUCAGCCACAGUAGAGUCCUAGGCCUGCCCCGUCUCUUUCCCAGCCUCCCAUGAGAGCAGAGAACUUUUGGGGAAACGCUGUGCUGUUUGUAUUUGUCUCCUUGGGUUUUUUUCUGCCUAAUUUCUGUGAUUUCUGACCGACAUGAAAUGACUAUAAAGGGUUUUUUAAUG